AUGGUGGGCAUGGCGCGCUUGUCUUCUCCCCUCACCAUGCGAGGCUUGCUCUUGCUCGUGCUCGUCUCUUGCACUCAUUGCUUGAACUUUGACUCCUUCACGACAACGCCUCAAGUGCGUGGUGAACGUGGAAGGCUGAGAGGUGGUUCGCGACCGGAUCGCCUGGUGAACCAGGAAACAUGCAUGGUCGAGUUUGAAGUUCAGACGACGUCGCUACAAUCAGAUGAGAGCGUCCGGAUAUGCGGCAGUCAUGCGAUGAUCGGAUCAUGGCUGCCCGAGAAAGGGCUGCAGAUGCACAAAGUGAAGGGAGGAGUUCACGGCGAGCCAUGCGUGUGGGGAGCGAGAAUGCAAGUGCCCGUGGGCGAGGAGCUGGAGUACAAGUAUGUCAUCAUGAAGGGCUAUGCUGAACAAGCGCGUGCCCUUUCCAUCCCCAAGGGUGAAUGUGCGGUUGAGUGGGAGUGCGACAUUCCGAAUCGUCUCUUGCUGAUCAACAAGCUCGAAGAAAGAGUCUUCGUGCUGCAAGAAAGCUUCGAUGUGGUUGGAAGAGAAAUUUUCUUUGUUGAGAACCAGAAUUAUGUUCCUCUCGCCUUUGUUGAGCAAGUGUCAAGAGGCUCACCUGCUGAUGAAGCUGGAUUAGUUCCAGGUCAAAACAUCCUUUCGAUUGGCAAUCUGAAUGCAAAGAUGUUGAACGAAGUGAAUCAAGAAGAUACCAUGUCAGCGAUCUUCAAGGAGGUGGAGAAGUUUCCGCAAGUUUGCUCGGGUGAUAGCCUGAGUAUUGACAUGUGGCGUGUCAGGUUCGAGAACAUCAAGGGAAAGAAUUGUCUGUUGUGGUGGCCGAUCGGAUGGGAAUGCAGUCUCAUCUUGUAG